AUGCAGAGACAUAGAAAAUCCCCCAGUGUCCUCUCCUGUCUAAAAGUGACCCUCUGCAUGCAGCAACAAUUGCUGUUGCUCUCUUUGCUGCUGCUGCAGCUGCUGCUGCGCUGCAACGCUAAACAGAAUCCCACACCAAAUCCCUGGGAGUUGCCGAUCCCUAGCGACGAGGACCUCCUGGCAGUACUGUCACCUGCCAGCUCGUCUGUACAGCGUGGCACGGUAUGGGGAGGCCCUGAGGGUUCUCUUAGCUCUAGCAGAGGGUACAGGGGCCCCCCCAAGCUUACAAGAACAGAUCUCUUCAGCUUAUGCACGCGCGAGUUCCUGCAAACCCGCGCGCUUGUAGACCGUAGUUUAUCACCCCGCCAACAGGGGCCUCAAACAAGGGGCACCCGAUGGGACCCCCGUCGAGGUCCCCCCGGCCAAGCGGCCCCCAAAAGCUCACCUGGAGGGGCCCCUGAAGGGGUCCCUCAAGAAGAGGGUAUUGGGGUGUCAGGGAACUCGGUGUUUGUGUCUUUGGAGGUAGUGAAGGAUCUCUUGAGGGUACAAGAUAUUCUUAAUGAGCAGCUGGUGGCGAGGGAGUUGCUGCGUUUAAAGAAAAAGGCAAAGGAGGAAGAAGUGUCUCCUCGAGCUGUUUCCUUUAUGCUGCCUGUCUUGCUGCAGUUAUGGGGCUGGCAUAAGGAGCAGAAGCAGUCUUUUAAAUUCCCUAACAGGCCACCCCCUUCUAUUCAGGUGCACAAGGAGGGGCCCCCUCCUCCUUGGGGAUUAAGAAGGUACAGGAGGCCCCUAAGAUAUCUCUCCUUCUCCUGUCUCCUUAUCAAUGUACCACCAAACCUUCUCCUUCAGACUCUGCUGUCUCUUGUAGAAGAUCGAGAGGAUCAGUCUCCCCCUUCUAACCAGCAGCAGCAGCAGCAGCAGCAGAGAGCAGCAGGUUCCCUUCUGGGUCCCCGCUGUCCCCCCGUCUCCUUUAUAUGGGCCCAUAUUAUGGGGGCAGCAGCAGCAGCAGGGGGCCCCCUAGAGGACUAUCUACGUAAGGAGAGCCGGCUUUAUGCGGACAGGGCGCUUUCUGCAGCUAAAGAAGCAACACAGCUGCAGAUCUUACAAGCGCAUGCAGCUGCAACAGAAGCAGCAGCAGCAGCGGCUGCUGCUACUCGUGCUGCUGCUGCUGCUGCUCAUCAGGCUUCUCCUGCUGCUGCUGCUGGGUCAAGUGCAACCGUUAGCCCGCUGCUCAUGGAAGAGCAGCAGAAAGGAGACAACGGGAGACAGGGUGAGGCCCUGUCUCCUGAGGAGCUGCAAGAAAAGGUUGAUGCUGCUGCAGAAAGGAGACAAAAAGCAUUAAAUGAUGCUCGUUAUGUAGCAAAGGAGACAGAAAAUAUACAAAAAAGAAAAAUGCAACUUUUGCUUAUUUCCCCUGUAGAUGUUUGUCUUGCUUCUCUUGCUGCUAUAUAA